GGAACCAGCUGAUUUCCCCGAGGUCGAUUUGCAAACAAGUUUCACAAAACGCAAACGUAAAUAGACAAGUUUAAAUCUAACUGAAAUCAGGAUGCUGCGAUCUUUGCUGAGUGCACAAAAGUGCUGGGGAAUAAUUCGCAACAGGAAUCUCAUGGAGGUAGCCACCAAACAGCCGAUGGCUUCCUUUGCGGUGUCCAGGCGUCACUAUUCACCGCCCACUCAUAUUAAACAGUCGGCAGUGGCAAACGAAUCCGGAACUAUGGCGGAGAUCAAGCAGGAGAUGAUGAAACGUCUGGGCCUGGAGCCCGGAUACAAUCCGCUGCCCAAAUCCAGGGAGCAACUGCUCAAGUACCAGCCCAAACUGGAGAAUCUGCCCCCCCGGGCCAUGCAGGAUUCCUUCACCUCGGCCAUCAUUCCGCUGAGCACGGACCGCACCUUGCAGGACAAGUACGUGACCUACCUGGGCAGUGUGCGUUUCGGCCGUCUGCUGGAGGACAUGGACAUGUUUGCCGCCUGGUGCUGCCAUAAGCAUUUAAAACUGCCAAACCUGCCGGAGGGAGUGCACCUUCCCUAUACCUUUGUGACCAUUCUGGUGGACCGCAUCGAUUUCACCAACGUGCUGGCCUCAGGCACCCAGGAUAUCCGGCUGUCCGGACACGUCUCCUGGGUGGGAACCAGUUCCAUCGAGGUGGUGGUGUGGCUGGAGCAGAUGGUGGCUGGCAGAUACCAAAAGCUCACCCGGGCUCUAUUCCUAAUGGCGGCCAGAAACGCCACCAACACGGGCGCCGCUCCAGUGAAUCCAAUACUGCCGGCCAACGAAGAGGAGGAGGUGAUCCUGGCAGGCGGAGCUGAUAGAAAGAAGAAACGCCAGGUUCUCUGUGCCCAGUCCGUUUUUAAGGUGGAGCCCAACGACCCCGAGCAAACCCUUAUGUACGAGCUGUACAAGAGGACCACGCCCAGCAAUACUCUGGAAUUGAACAAACGCAUCCUGCCGCCGAACUGCCGCUGGAUGGAGGACUCCUUCCAGAUGAGUACUAUUCCCUCGUUUCCGGAGCACAGGAAUCACCACAAUCGGGUCUUCGGAGGAUUUCUCAUGCGAAGCGCCCUGGAGAUUAGCUGGGCAGCCGCGUUCCUCUACUGUAAAACGCGACCUAAACUUGAGCACAUCUCGGACAUCAGUUUCGAGAAGCCAGUGAGCGUGGACAGCUUUAUCAAGAUGACGGCCUAUGUGGUGUUCACCAAGCUGAACUAUGUGCAGAUCAUGACCGUUGCCGAUGUGUUGGACACGCACACAGGCAGCCAGGUGACCACGAACACGUUCUACUACACCUUCUCCGCUCCGGACACUGUUACCGAGGUGCUCCCCCGGUCCUAUCACGAAACCAUGUGGUACAUACAGGGGCGUCGGAAGUUCGAGGCAAGCAUGGGCUUGAAAUAGGCUGCUAUAUAGCUGCUACUUAAUGUUCCCAAUGAUAUUAACUGAGGCUUUCGUAUGAUAUUAUCCGUUCUGUGCUUAUUAAAAGUUGUAAAUUGUCUGAUGUUCUUAACCAGGAUAGUCCUUUGGACUUCAUUAUUUCUGGAACACCCUGGAUAUUAUUUUUGUACUUAUAACACACAAAUAUUAACUAACUAAAUAGUU